AUGAUUUUGCUCCUCUUGCUAUUUCACUACUCAUUUAGCUCAACAAUCACGACUUUUACAGUGAGCCCCUCUUCUUAUAUAGUGCGAGACUCUACGAUUUAUCAAAUCUCGUUUAAACCAGGAUCAACAAUGCCAUCUGGGGGGAAAAUUUUCCUCACUUUACCAUCUCAACUUAGCACAACAUCCUCAACUUGCGCUGCUACAAGUGGAUUCAACGGGUCUCCGUCAUGCUCAAUAUCUUCAAACAUAAUUACUAUAUCUAAUGGCUUCUCCACUGCAGUUACCUCGUCAAAGUUUAUUAUGUUUACAGUCUCAAGUGUCACAAAUCCCCAAUUUGCAGUUUCUUUAUCCAAUUUUCAAUUAACUACUCAAGAUAGCUCAGGAAACACUGUAGAUAGCGUAAGUACUCUAAGCUCACCAAUAACAUACAACCCAAAAGUGCUUUCAAGUGUAACAAUAACCCCAAAAUCUACUGUAAAUGGUGCCUCAACGACAUGGACCAUUGCAACUACACUUGAUUAUACCUUGAUAUCUGGAGGCUUUAUAUCAUUAACAUUUCCUAAUUGAAAUGCCAAUUUAAAUCCUCCAUCAGACCAGGUAAAAAGCUUUUUAAGCUCAACUGUGACAUGUACAGGGAUUUUAAACAUGGAGACGAAUCCUCAAUGCUCAUUUGCCUCUAAUAUUUUAACACUGACAGUGUCUCAAGAUGCAGUUGGGAGUAUACAAUUUACUAUUAAUCCAGUUAAAAAUCCACCUAACACUAAGCCUGUUAGUGGGUUUUAUUUGUCAGUAGGCCAAUCUGGAGGGCUUAUUGAAGAUUCCACAUCUCUUACUAUUAGCGUCUCCACAUCUACUCCAGGCGAUUUAACAUCAGCUACAGUUAAAUUUUAUGAUGGAAACAGCAAGGUGAAUUCCCAGUCUAUCUACUCUUUUGAUUUUCUCAAGACAAAUCCUGUUCCAUCUGGAAGCAAUAUUAUCGUCACCUUUCCAUCUGAAAUCAGUAUUAAUGGCUUCAUCCAAACAAUCUAUGGCGUUUUUGGAUUCGACAGCAUUUACCCGAAUUUUUCUUUAAGUGGGCAGAUUUUAACAAUAACCUCGCCAAUUUCGCAAUAUCAAACUGAAGACAAAGUAAUUAAUUUUCAGGUCACAUCGUGUAAAAAUCCUCCAUCAAAUAAGCCUACUGCAUCAAUACAAAUUUUAAUUCAAACAUCGGAUGGGUAUUCGAUUGACCAAAUUACGACUGGACUGUCAAUUACAGCUGUAGCUGGGACUGCGAAGAUAAGCUCAGUUGUACCGACGAAUACUCAAAUUAAUGCUGUUACGACUUAUGCGUUUACUUUUAAUUCAAAUGAAGCUAUUUUAUCUGGGUGUGGAAUUUUAAUUACUGCACCGAGUGGAAUUUCUAUAGAAAACAGAGACACGGGAUCUUGCACAAGUAUUACGUCAGGCCUUAGCAGUUCAGCAUUGUGCUCUGUGACGAAUAAUAAAAAUAUUUAUAUCACAAACGGUUUUCCUUCGGAUUUUGGCACUGGGAAUGUUAGUUUUUCUCUGAAUAAAAUUACCAACCCAUCAACUAUAAGCACGACUGGGACUUUUACUUUGCAGGUCUAUAUAGAUUCAAAUUUCCAAUAUUUAAUAUCGCAAAUAAGCCAAAUUUCUAUCACAGCUACUGCUGGCACAUUGAGCUCAGUCAAUAUUUCUCCUUCAUCUUCUACAACAGGGGAUAUAGCCACCUACACAUUUACAAUAGCAACUUCUAACACAAUCCCUACUGGUGGGAUUUUACUUGUAUAUCUCCCUUCUGAUAUUUCUAUUAGUGACACCACAAGCGCUUGCUCAUUUAUUUCAGGAUUUGAAUCUACUGCAAAAUGUACCUUGACAUCCACCUCUAUAACCAUUACCAAUUGCUUUGCAAUAAGCAGCUUUUCGCCUGGGACAUUGAAAUUUUCAUUAGGAAGCAUCCAAAACCCAGUCUCCACAAAGCCAACAGCAAGCUUUAACAUCAGAACCCAGACUUCUAAUAACCUUGAUAUAGAUUACUUAGACUCAGGAGUAACUUUAACUAUGUCUACAGCUCAUCAAUUAAGCUCGGCUUCAGUAUCAUCUAGCUCUUUAGUUGUAGGAGGCGUUUCAGACUAUACAUUUAACAUAACCCCUUACAACCCAUUUCCAAAUAAUGGAAUUGUGGUCAUAACUCCUCCUAGUGAUAUCACAAUUACCCAAGUUUCUUGUGCAGUUGCUGGAAGUUUAACUUCAAGCGUCAGCUGCAGCUCAUUAGGGACUGCCGUAAAACUAACCCUCACUUUUUCUGCUAGCCAAGUCACCUCAGAGUUUUCUUUUGUAUUAAAAUCAAUUACAAACCCGCUGUCUACAAAAAUGACCUCAUCGUUUCAGAUCUCUACGAGACAAAACACAUAUUUUAUAGACCAAUUAACUACUGGGCUUACAGUCCAAAUGACGAGUACAGGUGCAAUUUCUCAGCUUAGUUUAUCAUUAGGAAAUAGUGGAAUAAAUCAGCAAACCCCAUAUACAUUUACCUUUACAACCUCAAAUACAGUUAAAGCUGGGGGGUACUUAGCGAUUCAGCUGCCUUCUCAGAUUUCAAGUGUUGCUUCUCCAGUCUGCAGCUUAAGCAGUGGGAGCUCAGUUUCUUGCUCAUACUUGUCAGGAAUUGUUACUGUAAAUAUGUUUACAACAGAUACAGCUCCGGGUCAGUUUGUUUUAACUGUAAAUUCACUUAUAAACUCAGCAAGCGCUUUGACUACUGACAAAUUCAAAUUGACAACUAAAACUUCUGAUGGAUUUUUAAUCGACAGUGAUACAUCCUUGACAGCUACAAUAACCUGCACAAGCCCAUGCGCGACCUGCCAAAACACCCCAAGUACUUGUCUUUCGUGCAUCUCUACUUCAUCAACUCCAUAUUUCUGAAAUGGAGUCUGCAACAGUGCAUGUCCAGACGGUCAAAUUGAUGUCAGCAAUAACAAAAUUUGUUCAAAUAGCGACAUAAUCAAAUAUAGUGUCAUCCGAUUUUUAUUCUCCAGAACAGAAUAGUCUUUUUGGCCAAUUUUGAUUCCAGCGAUUUAUCCGAGCAAUGAUAGAGUAUUUAGCCUGGUGUGUUGCUUUGGACACCUCCUUUACUUAAUUCGAAUUUUUAGGAGUGUGCCAUCAAACCUAAGAGAAGAGACUGGAACCUUUAGUCUGUCUGACAAACAAAAGUUGGUGUGCCCGAAAGCUGGAAGUACUGCUGUCGAAAUCCGAACACCGAAGCUGAUAAACUAUUCAGAUUAAGACAAAGCAUCAUCUCGAUUCAAAAUAUAAGCAAUUAAGUUAAAUUUAAAUUGUGACAGUAAUUGCAAAACGUGCCAAUAUCAAGCUACUCAAUGCACUUCAUGUGUGCAGAAUUCCAAAUAUCCUUAUUUAUAUAACUCUAAGUGUAUUGAGAGCUGUCCAUCAAAUACCCUAAUAACAAGCGAUUACAAGUGUGUGCUAUGUGAUCAGACUUGCUAUACCUGCAGUACUACCUCAACCUAUUGCACAUCUUGUAUUGACCCACGAUAUUUGUACCAAAAUCAAUGCAUUUCUUCCUGCCCUGUAGAUAUUACAGUUACGAUUGGCAAUGAGUGUGUAAGCUGCAACACAAAUUGUGCAACUUGUUCAGGCACUGCUAAUACUUGUACAAGCUGCGCUACUAAUAAAAUUUUAUUCCAAGGGGCUUGCUAUAGUUCUUGCCCUGCAGACAUAUCUGUACCUUCUGAGUCAUCAUGCUCUGCUUGUUCUACUAACUGUAAAACUUGCAGUGGGACUGUGGGCCACUGCACGUCUUGUGAUAGCAGUAAAUAUUUGUAUCAGAACUCUUGUGUGGCUAUAUGUCCUGAUCAUUAUUUUAUAUCCGGAACGUCAUGUCUACAAUGCUCAGAUGAGUGCUUAAAAUGCACUGGGAGCUCGAAUUACUGUACAAGCUGCCAAGAAGGAUUAUUUAGUUAUGUAGGAAGAUGUGUAAGUACUUGCCCAUCUGGAGUUUCUAUUCAAGUUGGCAAUGAGUGUAUAAAAUGCUUGGAUUCCUGCUUAACCUGCUCUGUGUCUUAUGACAAAUGUACAUCAUGCCCUACAAACUCAUUUUUAUAUAAAAGUGAAUGCUUAUCAACUUGCCCUAUCAAUACCUUUGAAAACAGUGGGAUUUGUACAGAUUGUGACGUUUCUUGCAACCAAUGCGAAUCCUCACCAACUAAUUGCAUGUCAUGCGCGUCUUCAUAUUAUAAAUACGAGUCUGGGUGUAUUUCUACUUGUCCUGAUAAAUAUGUAGGAAUUUCCGGAGUUUGCUAUGAAUGUGACAGCUCUUGUGCCACCUGCUCAAACACAAGAAUAAACUGCACCUCUUGUACUGGAGACUAUAGCCUUUUUAAUUACGUUUGUAUGCUAACCUGCCCAGCAGGCUAUAUUUCAGUAAGCAAUGUAUGUACAAAAGAAAAUUCCUCUAAUUGUGCUGAUUUGUGCACAGAAGAGCUGCUUGACAAUGAUGUUUGUGAUAAAGUUUGCAAUGUCACAGCUUGUGAUUAUGAUAAUCAAAAAUGCUUAGGACCAAAUUCGACUGAUAUUGAUGACUAUAAUAAUAAACCUACAAAUUAUUCAACAAGCUUGUAUGUAAGUGGCGACCCUUUUUCGAUCUCUACAGUAGGUGGGAUUCUGACAGCCUCUACAGGGGCUUCCAGCAUAUUUGCAGCUUCUGCAUUUUUACCUUCUACUCUUGGAGUACUUGGGCUUCUUGAAUCUACUUCUUGGCUUUCUCUGAUAGGAGUGGUUAACAAUGAAGAGUCUACAAAAGGAAGAGCUUUACUUAUUAUUGAUGACAGAGAUGUAGGCGUAGUUUUUGGCUUUUUAAUCUCAAUUAUCAUAAUCCACUACGCUAUGAAUAUUUUCUUCUUCAUCACCUAUAUGCAGUCUAUACGAAAAAGAGACAUAAUGCAUAUUAAUUGAACCAAAAAGCACCCCUGGGCAACAAUUCUUGCAUGCUUUUUCUCAAUUAUUUUAUCAUUUAAAUUCAUGAGGAUCUUGAUAUCAAAUUUUUGCAGCAUUUCUGGCUGUAACGCAAAAUUCGAAAGGAUUAGCAGGUUUAUUAACCCAAUGAUAUUUUUGACAUAUCUGCAUAUUGUAAUAGUAACUUUGCCGAUUAUUGGGAUAGAAAUAUAUUUAUUGACCCUAUUUUCGACUGGAUGCUUGACGUUUAUUGUGGCUAUGGACAGCUUGAUAAUUACAAUAUUUGUGCUGAUUUUGUCGAUUUUUGAUAUUUUUUAUAUGAAAAAAAGAGCUAAUAAUGAAUCUGAUGAUAAGCUGAAAUCGAGAGCAGUAAAUUUGCCGACCACAAUAGGGGAUAAUACAAUCGACAAAAAUUUAGAUCUUGACGCAACUGAUCGUACAGCCACGAUUCAAGAUUAUUUUGACAAUUUAAAAGACACGUCUCCAACUAAGCGAGAAUUACUAACGUCCGGAUCAAAUGAUCUAGUAUUUGAUAUUAAUGCGCUGCCAGCUAUAAACAGGACGUCUAUCUCUAUGUCUGUAGAUAUAGAAAUGCUAGAAGAACAUAAUUCAAAUAUUGAAAAAAAUAUAGAAAUUCGCAGUGAAAAUGAUGAUAAAUCUUUGGAAAUCCCUAUUAAAAUCAUUGCUAAAAAUCCUCUAGAAAGCAAAAUACCUAAUAGAAUAAACCUCAAAGACUUAUCAUUACAAUCAGAAAACGACAUAAGUUUCCAAAUGAUUGACCCACUUGAAAUCUAUGAAAAUGACUUAGACCUAGACUACGCAAUCGUUAAUGAGUUCGACGAAGAAGCAAUUGAUGUCAAGCACAAGCCUACAAAUGAAAUGAUUAUCAUAAAAAAAUCCUUUAUAGGAGGACAAAUAGUUGAUGAAAAUAGAAACCCUAUCGACCCUCAGCCAGUAAUUGAUUUCAAUGACUAUGAGCUACAAAAGGUAGAUCUUCUUGAUUUAAGAUUCGCCACUUUUGUUAAUAAAUAUAAUGGCAGCUUUAUUAAAGUCAAAAGAAAUUUUGAUGGCGCUGCCUUGAUGGAUCCUUUUGAAAAUAAGCAUAAAAUUGAAAGUGUGGAAAAAAUUAUUUUGUCGAAGACGAGUACUUGGAAUUCGAAAAGGCAGCUUGGGAUUUUAGAUGAAGAAAAUAAUGGGGUGUUAAGCUGUGAAAGCAGUGAAAAAGUGAUAUUAAGUAAAGAAACUUCAAAGAAUAGUACCAAUGAACAGAAUAUAAUCAAGAAAAGUGAAAAUGUAGGUAAAAAUAUUGCUGGAUUUGAGAAUGCUGAAGAACACAAAUUAAUAGAAAAUAAAGGUGCAAUUGUGCAUGAAAAUGCUGAACUUGUUAAAAAGGAGCCAUCAAAAAACCGGCUUACUAAAAUAGCGAAAAGAGCGCCUGAUCCAAAGAAGUUUCAAUUCGGCUAUGUGCCUAGCUCAUUAAAUUAACUGCUCAUUGAAAAGCUCCCUUUAUCAACCAAGAUGGAAACUCAAACCCGAGGAUGCAACUCUCAGAAUCCCUCUUUGUGCUUUCUCUCCCAAAGAAAAAAAAACUGAUCUAGAUGUGAGCUUACGGUCGACUAGCCCAGCAUUGCGCUUCGCCAAGCCCGCAAAAACCUGGUUAGGUACCCAUUCUCGAAUGUCAUCCUCUUCUCCUUCUUCCAAUGAGUCUGCAUGUCGAAAGAUGCUAACAGGGUACGGAGUUGUCCCUUUUAAUGUGUUUGGCUAUUUAUCUAGCACAGAAUCACUAUCUGCAUACCCUGAAGAUAGCAGCAGUAUUAACAUGGUUAUAUUUGACAGCUCAUGGGCUCCUCAGUCUACAACAAGUAAAAAAAAUCCCUAA